AAUGCAACUGAAAUAAAUGAAUUUUUGAGUCAAUGCGACUUCGUGGAUUAAAAUCUUAGAGGGACAACUUAACCACAGCAAAGAUCAUUGCUGAAUAAUGGAACUUCCCUCCAACUUGAUUGCUUUCUUUCUUUUCCUAGCCUUUGUUUUAGCUUUAUUCAAGGAAUGGAGGAGAUCCAAGGCAGCCAAGAAACUACCACCAUCUCCUUCGAAGCUACCUAUUAUCGGAAAUAUGCAUCAUUUGAUCGGUUCCCAACCCCAUCAGGCUUUGACAAAAUUAGCUCAGAAACAUGGAGCUCUAAUGCACCUUCAACUAGGUGAAAUCUCAUCAAUCAUUGUAUCAUCGUCGCAUUUGGCUAAAGAAAUUAUGAAGACUCAUGAUCUUUCCUUCGCAAACCGGUCAGAGAUUCUACUCAGCAAAAUCAUAAUGUAUAACAGCUCAGACAUUGGCUUCUGCCCUUAUGGUGACUACCUGAGGCAGGUGCGAAAGAUAUGUGCUCUGGAGCUCCUUAGUGCUAAAAAGGUCCAAUCAUUUGGCUCUAUUCGGCAAGAUGAGGCUUUGCAUCUUGUUAAGUCUAUUAGAAAUCUAGCUGAUGCUGGAGAAGUAAUUCAUUUUACAGACAAAGUACACUCAUACACAUGUUCUACGGUUUGUAGAGCAGCGUUUGGCAAAGUAACCAAAGACGUUCACAGCAAAUUCUUACAGCUAAUGUGCGAAAUAGUACCCCUUUCAAGUACCUUUGAUAUUUCUGAUCUUUUGCCUUCGUUCAAGAUUCUGCAUCCCCUCCUCUCUGUCAAGAGGCAGUUGGUGAAGAUCCAUCUUAAGAUGGAUAGACUCUUGGUCAAUAUAAUCGAUCAGCACAUCAACAACCUGCAGAGAAAUAUGUCCACUGGUGAAUAUGGCAAUGAAGAUCUAAUUGAUGUUUUACUGCGAGUUAAACAUAGCGGUGAUCUUCAAAUUCCAAUUACUAAUGAUAACAUCAAAGCUAUUGUGAUAGAUGUGUUUUCUGCUGGAACUGAAACUUCUUCCACUACGGUAGAUUGGGCUAUGUCCGAGAUGAUUAGAAAUCCAAGUGUGAUGGCCAAAGCACAAUCUGAAAUAAGGACAGCCUUCAAGGGAAAGCAAAUGUUUGAAGAAGAUGAUGUUCAAGAAUUGAAGUACCUGAAGUUAGUGAUCAGAGAAACACUAAGGUUACACCCUCCUCUCCCUUUGCUAGUUCCUAGAGAAUGCAGGGAGGAAUGUGAGAUUGAUGGAUAUGUCAUCCCUGUGCAAACAAGAGUCUUGGUUAAUGCUUGGGCAAUGGGAAGAGACCCGCAGUAUUGGGAUGAUCCAGAGAGUUUUAAACCAGAGAGAUUCGAAAAUAAUCCAGUUGAUUUUGCAGGAACUCAUUUCGAAUAUUUACCAUUUGGUGCAGGAAGAAGGAUGUGCCCUGGAAUUCAAUUUGGUUUAGCUAAUGUUUAUGUUCCUUUAGCUUUUCUGCUUUACCACUUCAACUGGAAACUCCCAAACGGCCUAGAUCCCAAUGACUUGGACAUGUCAGAGUCAACUGGAAUAACUGCAUCAAGAAAAGAUAAACUUCGCUUGCUGGCUACGCCUUAUGAUCCAUCCGAAGGAAAGUCCUGUUAAAAUCUGUAAAUUGAUUAAGUGUUAGGGCUGUUGCCUGCCCUCUCAUCUUCCUAUGGGACCUUCGUUUCUUGAUUUUUACUUAACUACUGUUGUUGCAUAUGGUAUCUGUUUAAUUCUCCAACAAAUGGUUUUCCUGCAAUGGGACACAAUGGACAUGAUCAAUUGUGAAAGUUUCUCAUCCUA